UUUUGCUCUGCCAACACCCGCGGAAGGUGGAGCUUCGGCUGCGCUGCGUCGCAGGCGUCAGAAUCCUCGAUUUCCAACUUCGCGUCUUGGCCGGACCUUUUGGCGGAGCGCGCAAAGGAAAGUGGGGUGGGUGAAAGAGAGAGAGAGAGAGAGAGAAAGCGCCCUUCUCCGUCCAAAGGAGGGAGGCAGAGAGAUAAGGCGAAGGAGUAGGAGAAGAGGGGGAGGAGGAAGAGGAGGGGAGAAAAGAAGAAGGGAGCCAUUCGCCGGAGUGCGUCCAAGCUCAGCUCGGCUGCACUGGAGAGGCGGCGAAGGAGGGCGCGCGCGAAGAGCCCGCUAGCUCCGGCUUGCAGAAGCACCCUCGGAGGCAGACCUCGACGACGCUUGCCGUAGAGAGAAACGCACAGGGCACCCGAGAGAGAGGGAGGCAGGGAGGGAGGACGGACGCAGUUCCUGGCGACGGCGGUGGUGGCUGUGCGCUCGCUGCCUGGCGGGUAUAUGCCUGCCUCUGGCCAUGUCGUAUCCUCAGGGUUAUUUGUACCAGCCGUCGGCUUCCUUGGCGCUCUACUCCUGCCCGGCGUACAGCACCAGCGUGAUCUCCGGCCCCAGGACGGAUGAGCUGGGCAGAUCGUCGUCCGGCUCUGCUUUCUCUCCUUACGCUGGCUCCACUGCCUUCAGCGCGCCCUCGCCGGGUUACAACUCACACCUCCAGUACGGCGCUGAUCCGGCGGCCGCUGCCGCGGCCGCUUUCUCCUCUUACGUGGGCUCGCCCUACGACCACACUCCCGGCAUGGCCGGCUCUUUGGGGUACCACCCUUACGCGGCUCCCUUGGGGUCCUACCCCUACGGCGACCCGGCCUACCGGAAAAACGCCACCCGGGACGCCACGGCCACCCUCAAGGCCUGGCUGAACGAGCACCGGAAAAACCCUUACCCCACCAAAGGCGAGAAGAUCAUGCUGGCCAUCAUCACCAAGAUGACCCUCACGCAGGUCUCUACCUGGUUCGCCAACGCCCGGCGGCGCCUCAAAAAGGAGAAUAAAAUGACCUGGACUCCCCGGAACCGGAGCGAAGACGAGGAGGAAGAGGAGAACAUCGACUUGGAGAAGAACGACGAGGAGGAGCCACAGAAGCUCGAGGAGAAGAGCGAUCUGGAGGCGAUCGAGAUAGGUGCUGGAGACCCGAAAGGAGCAGCGGCAGGCAAAGAAGCCGACGGCGCGUUGAGCGACUCGGAUUGUAAAGAAGCCCCUGACGAGGCGUUGUCUAAAGGAGGCCCCGGGGCCUCGCCGCCUUUGGCCCAUUGUCUGCCGGCGGCGGCGGCGGCUGCUGCAGCGGGCCGCCUCCUUCUCCAAGCGCACCAGCAGCUGCACCCGGCCGGAGGAGAGGACCCGCAGCCGGCCCACCCGCUGCCCGCCCAGUACAGACCCCCAUCGACGGACCUGCACCCCCUCCUGCCUUCCAGCAACGGGACGUCGGUGAUCCACUCGCCCCAGGCGGCUCCGCAGGCAGCGGCAGCCGGAGCCGGGGCCCUUUCCAAGCCUAAACUGUGGUCUUUGGCGGAGAUCGCCACCUCAGCGGACAAAUCGAAGGAGGGCAGCGGCGACGCGGCCCCGCAGGCUCCGAGUUUAGCCGGAGCCGGCUCGGCGCAAUCCCCGACGGCGCGGUCGCCUUCCUCCACGCAUUGCCCUUUCCCCAAUGGGGCCUCGGUCCUCUCGCGGCCCCUCUAUUACACCACCAGCCCCUUUUACCCGGGUUACACGAACUACAGCUCUUUCGGACACCUCUCCGGCAACGCGGCGACGGCGGGGAACCCCAGCCCCCAUUUUAACGGAUUAAACCAGACUAUUUUGAACAGAGCGGAAGCCUUGGCUAAAGAAACUAAAAUCCUCAGAAGCCAGUCCCAGUUUGAUCUUAGUAAAGACUCGGCUUACGAACUGAAGAAAGGUGGACACCCAGCUGCACAAGGCACUGAGCACUGAACCAGCAAGUGGUUGGCCGGAAUCCCUGACCCCCAAGUCAUCUUUUUAAAGGUAGUGUGACCAAUCGGAGACAGAGUCAGUCUCCUCUCUUCUCAUACACUCCUCUCACACACUGAUCUGGGUAAGAAGAAGUCAGCCCUUCUGUGGUCGUAAGUAUUUUAAUCCUGGCAUUGAACCAUUGCAAAACUUGGAGCAAGAGCUUGGUCUGUCAAGUUGGCAUGUCUGAAAGUUUUGAAAGGUCUUCAUUCCAGUACAGCAAAAAAUGCUGACAAUAAACUCCAAGGUGAUGCUUGCAAAACAAAAACAAGAAAAAACACACACACACACACACACACACACACACCAUCCUCCUCCUCUGACUAGAUGAAUCAGCUGCCCACCUUAUGCUGAAGACCAGAAAACCUCCAGAAACCUCUGGCAAGAAUCGGUGGUGAAUUCAGGAGAAUAUAGCCGAACAGAGACGCUCACCAUAAACCAUAUGCUUUAAAAGUAUAAUAAAAUAUAUAACCUUU